CGUAGAGAUGUGUCGAAAUAUUUCAACGACUUCGACUGGGAUUACGCGAAGACGCAAGAAGAAAAACGCGAAAAGUGGAUUGAGAAGGGUCACAAAUGUCCACCGGCGAAACCGCGCAAACCCACUGAAAUGGACGCGGAACUGGAAGACGAGAUCAGGGGGCUGCUUCACUCUAUGUUCGGAACUACGACACCGAACUAUGACGAAGAGCCGUGGAACAAAGAGGAAGAACCGCCGAAAGCAGAGGAAGGGCUGCCUGAAGUGGAAACCGAACCGAAGUAAUCAGGAAAACGAACGAAGGGGCGCGAUAACAUUUGCGCAGAAUUUAGAGAAUAAGUUAGAAAUAGAUUAAGCAUAAUGAAGAGGAGCGGCGUAUAAAUUAAGGGAAUUAUGUUUUAGCACCGAGCGUAAAAAGAAAAGAUGUUCAGCGGCCGUCGCGAAACGAACAGCACCAGCAGCUCAAGAGUGGGGGGAGCAUGCGGCAGCUAUUGUGGGUGACGGCACUCUGUCUGGCGAGCGCGAGCCAGCUGACGGAAGCGCGGGUCGAGCUCCAUCCAGGGAUCGUGUACACUCACGCACAUGAGAAGGUAUUCUCUGAUUUCUAUCCAAUUGUGUUUGGCGCGCAACUCCCGCAGUUCAUUGAGCCAAUGCGGAUCAGGUUCGAUGCGAACAGAAACAACAAGACGAAACACGCGCUAGAGAAUAUGACGUACGUGUUGGGCGAAGGGGACGAGGAGUUGCAGCAAUUCGCGCGAGAACAGUUUGACGCCGUUUCAGAGCAGGUGAAAUUCCGGAGGGAAAAGCGUGCGCUGUUUGGGUUUGUCGGAACGUUUUUAAGCUUUUGCUGCGGUGUGGUGUCGGAAGAUGAAUUGCCCCCGACGGGACCGGCGAUGCGCGACCAUCUGCGGGCAUUAAAUAAGCAGGUCACGGAGGCUUUCGAUGCCGUGACGGGAAACAACCGGAAAGUUACCGAAUUUUUGGCUCAUAUGCGGGAGAAAAUGAUUAGAUUUCACGACCAGGUAAUGAACAUGGUCGAUCGAAUGACGAAGGAGGAAGAUGCGGCGCUAAUUGAUAACAUGGCUCAGGCAUACAUCCGAAUGAUACAUAUGCAGACGCACACAAUGAACAAUUGGAACGUACAAUAUAUGGAGCAAAUCCUAAACAGCUGCGCGGCAAGGUCACUGGACCCGAUGGUGGUGUCAAAGAAGGAGCUAAGAAAGGCACUGUUGGUUUUAAACAUACAUUUGCAGAAAAAUAAUCGGAAAAUAGUGUACACGAUCGAGGAAAUUGCUGCGUAUUACGGGACGGGCCUGGUUCGGUGUAAUUUUGGGGAAAACAAAGUGGAAUUUCAAUUGCAGGUCCCCGUCAUGCGCAUCAAGGAGGAGUGGAGCAUUUUGAAUCUUCAGCCAAUUGAUUUUCGGUUUAAAGAUCACACUUGUGCGUUGCAGGUGCCGAAGCAAGUAGCGCGCGGGGUACGGGACAUGGGAGCGAGCGUGUUUCACGCUACGAAGAAAAGCAGACUUGCCGGCCUCGCCGUUCUGGAGGAAACACCCGUGGCGCGCAAGAUGCACGAUUGCCUCGAGAAAAUCUUUGGGGCCGAAACGACCGUAGAUCAAUUGAAACAAGCGUGCCCGCUGAAGUGCACUCGAUCGACGGCGCUGAUAGUGCGGAAUUUAGCCGAGCGCGAUUACGUCAUAACGAACGCGAACGGCUUAGUGAUGAAUUGCGGAAAGAAAAGCACAAUCGUUAGCACGGAGUGGAGUUUGGGAGCGGUAUUCGUCUACGUGCCGUGCGAAUGCCAGCUGCGAAAAGGGGAAAGAAUCAUGGUGGAAUCAAAAUUCCCGUGCAUCCAUCAAAACAAUUACACGGGGAUAAAGAUCGUGAUGCCACAACAGUGGCUGAAGGGCGCAGAAAAGAGUUUCGUUCAGCACGUCACGGCGCUGGAUAACGUGACGACCGUACUCGAUGACAGCUGGGGCGCGGCUUUUGAAGGGCCGCCGCAGUUGGAGGAGGUCGCGGUUUCGAUCUAUGACUGGUCGACUUGGCCCAUUCCGAAGCAUACAAAUGCUUACGCGACUUGGCUUAUCGGCGGAUUGUUGGCCUGGAUCAUCGUUCGCAGUCCGGGACUGCUCUGGACGGGAAUUUGGACACCCCCUCCGCGAGAGGAGUUGAGGAAAUUUCGGAAGGAGGUGGCCAAAAUGAGAACGUACCGCAAACCGGAAGCGGACCGAGAGUCUGAGGCCGAUGUAAGGGGGGACAGACCCGUUUAAUAACCCCUCUAAUUAUCUUUUCUUCUUACAGGAUUAAUUUUAUUCUUUGCAGGUUAAGGGAGGUCAAUGCCGGCGCAAGUUGGCAUUCGCCUCCACCGCUCGUGAGUAUCGCUAUGCCUUGAGAGAAUAUUGUUUAAGAGAAACAAAAGAGAAGGAAAUCUUCCAAUAAGCGUUAACGUACAUUAAAUAGAAAUUGGCGCAUGGCGCACAAAAGGCGCAUGGAGCCGCGCCAAGAGCACUAGAUUUUAUAGGAAUAUUUUAUGCAUACCUUUAUUAACGCACUCAUCGUGCAAAUAUCCUUAUCGUGCGCAUAUACUUAUUGCACGCAUAUUUUAUCACGAAGAGUAUGGAGCAUACUUUUUGUUAGCUGUAAAAGACUCCGAACGGAGAUAGAGAAUAAUGCAAGUUUUGUGAAAGAUUUCGCAAAAGGAAGAAUGAAGGAGUAUUGAGCGAAAAGGCUGGCGUCACUCACGAGGCGGUGCUUAGUUAUGAAUUAGGUUUAAUCGCUGCACAUGUUUGCAGGAGGCGGAGACGGCGAUGGAGAAGGAGCGGAGAUACGCCGCAAGAGGAGCUGGUCGGCAGACGGCGAAGACGCUUGCGGCAUGGCAUACAUAACAAGUAAUAACGUUUUGUUUUGUAAGGGAAAGAGACCAUACAGUACGAACGUUGUGAGGAAAGAAAAUUUAAAAAAACAUAGAAAAAAGAAAUCCUCAGUUGCGAGUUGGAAACGGGACACGUCAAUCCCGAUCGAAAAUUUUCAUCCUUGAAUAAC